GUUGAGACCUUCUCCCUGUUGAGACCUUCUCCCCGUUGAGACCUUCUUGGUGGACCUUCUCCCCGUUGAGACCUACUGAAUCUGGUGAGCUUCUCCUUGGACCCCCUUAUUCUUCCUGGACCCCCUUUAUUCUCCUUCCCAGCAGCCCCCCCCCCCCCCCCAGCCAUGAGCCAGGCCGAGAUGUCCACCUGCUCCACGCCCCACACCCAACGGGUCUUCCAGGAGGCGGUGCGGAAGGGCAACACCAAGGAGCUUCAGUCCCUCCUGCAGAACAUGACCAACUGCGAGUUUAACGUCAACUCCUUCGGCCCCGAGGGCCAGACUGCUCUCCACCAAUCGGUGAUCGACGGGAACCUGGAACUGGUCAAACUGUUGGUAAAGUUUGGGGCGGACAUUCGGCUGGCCAACCGGGACGGCUGGAGCGCCCUCCAUAUAGCCGCCUACGGGGGCCACCAAGACAUUGUCCUCUACCUGAUCACUAAGGCCAAAUACUCGUCCAGCAGCCGAUAAGCCGGGCGCCGAGUGCCGGACUCGGACACAUUCCAACACUCCCUGCCCCUGAGUGUGAGUGUGAGCGUGAGUGUGAGUUUUGAGGGGGGUUGGGGAGUGCCAAUUGGAUCAUUUCUCUUUUAGUUCCCCUUUAAAUGUCUUAAUGAAUAUUAACAGCUGCUUCAGUUCUUUUGUAUUGUGACCCCCCCCCCUCUGAAAUGUUUAUUUCCCCUUUAAAUUUGUAAGUGGGGUAACGUCAGUCGGGGGGGGGGGGUUGUUUUUAAGGUACAACGGAGAGAUUGUGGGGGGGGGCGCCGGGGGUGUAUAUAAGUAUUUAUAUAUCUGUCUCCGAGAGCCCCGCAAAUAAAUUCCAACUUGUUUUUGUAAAGAAACAAACAAAAAAA